AUGUCGAAAUCAGCUUUCAGCUCAGGAUAUUCUUCAUGGCGACAGAGACGCCAGUCACGUUCUAAGUCUCGAUCGCGGGGUCCAAUAUCACGACAGUCCCGUGUUCUGUACGAGGCCCCUCGCCUCCUCCGCCUACACAUCAAUUGUAACCACAAGGGAUAUGUGGAACUGAAUCUAUCAGGCCAGGGCUUAACCACUCUCCCACAGGACAUCUCUUAUUUUACACGUCUCGAGGUCCUGAAUGUAUCCCAUAAUUCCCUGAGUGAAAUUCCUGCAUCUCUUGCACGUCUCCGUGGACUACGGAUUCUCCUUUUACAGGAAAACAAGAUACAAUUGGUACCAGACACCCUUACAAACUGUUCCCACCUCACCGAGAUCAAUCUCACGAGAAACAAACUUUCGAAUCUUCCACGAAAUAUAGACUCCUUGAAGAAUCUUCGUAUUCUGAAACUAGGACAAAACGAAUUUGUGAGUCUACCUCAUGAUGUGGGACAGCUACAAAACCUGACUUAUCUUGAUCUUCAAAGAAACCGUAUUUGGUACCUGCCGUUUUCAAUGCAUGGUCUUCGAAAAUUGAAAUUCCUGAAUCUUGCGGACAACAAAUUUGAACACCUGCCCAUUCCUAUAUGUCAAGUCUCAUCUUUAAAACUGUUAAAUCUGAGAGGGAACAGUCUUAAGAGCUUAUCUCCUGAUUUCGAAUCUCUGAAAAAUCUCCGUGAGUUGAACUUGAGUUACAACAAAUUCGACACCAUACCUGUUAUUAUCUACAAAAUAAAAGAGCUUCGGUUCCUCAACAUUGCUGCCAAUGACAUCAAAUACAUUCAGCAUCACAUACAAGGCCUGCCAAACCUAAGCAUACUUCACAUACAGGGCAACAGGCUGUCAAACUUGCCAAACUCGUUCAAGAAUCUUCAAUACCUGAACAUGUCAAACAAUCACCUGUACAACGUUUCACUGGUGGGUAUGACACGACUGAAAAACCUCAACGCCAGCAACAACUUCCUGGAGAACAUUCCGAUGGGUGUCUACGCCUUGACAAAGCUGGAGAGUUUACGUCUAAGCAACAACCAAAUCAAGUAUGUGUCGCAGGACCUCGUCCAUCUGAAGAACUUGCGCGUCUUAGAUCUGGGUAAUAACAAGUUGGUCAGUUUCCCUCAGGUUAUCGACCAGAUGCAUCACCUUGACUACUUCAACGUGAAGGGAAACCAACUCAAACAUCGCAUCCUAUUACAGUACGGCGAGAUCCCGGCCAAUCAGGACGAUAUGAUGGGCAACCGUCACAUAUAUGCCAGCAAACGUAAUCCUCACCAGGAGAACAAUCGCUACUUGAACAAGUCAAAGAAACGUGACAAGUCGCCAAAUACGAGGUCGUCCACCAUCUUAGAUCUAAACGACUCCCAGGACCUUGAUGAACUCCUACUCAACGGUUUCUCACGGAAACACAUUGAAAACAACUCCGAGUCUGUCAUGUGGCGUGACAACAAAAACAAGGGAAAUAAGGUAGACAAAGAGCCGCUGAAAAACAUUCUAGAUCAUAUUGCACAUCUGGAAGCAGCCGAGGGGCACAAUGACACCUCCACACCCGAGGGCGAAACAGACUUUGGUCUCCUUGGGAUUUGUAACCAGUUGGAGAUGUUGUUAAACAAGCAGCUACUGCAGCCUGUACUGUCGAUGCGAGGGCCUUCCACAGGCAAAAG